AUGAGAGAAGAAAGCAUUGCAGACUCUGUACGAAAUUGCCUCAAUGACUUCGAGGUUAUACGAAAGGCGGAUCUCUUAGAAGCCAGUACCGCCGACCGCAAUGCUGCACUUGAGAUCCGCGAGGAAGAAACUCGCUUCAAAAUUUGGUCUGGGAACAUGGGGGCGCACAGCGAGGGACGACGAUCGCUCCAGUACCGUCUAAGAGAUGCGUCUCAUUUACAGAAGCAAGUAAUGUCUCUACUCGACGAAUUAUCGGAGCUCUUGGGAGACGCUUUCCUCAUCGUGUCUGGUGAAAGGAUUCCCUGGGAUCGCGUCGAAGAUGACGAGGAGUUUCCACAAGAUACUGAGUCUGAGUCCGAUUCUGAGUUUGGUGACAUGCCUGGGACGGAGGUGGCACAAAUCGCACAAAAUGUUUCAGACGUCGUCAAUUGUCUGCUGCGACUGAGCGUCGCCAUCAGAAAUCCAGCUCCACACGAUCGUUUCAUGUCAUUUAGUUCCAGCGAAGCCUCACAUUACGAACCUUUUGACAUCCAGCACGUCAAAAAUAAGUUUGGCGAGAUCGAACCAUUCCUUGCUGAUAGAUUGGGAAAGGCCAUAUCGCGGAGGAGAGAAUACUUCAAGUAUCGUGAGAGCCAUCACUUGAAGCUCAAACAGGGCCUUGACUCGGUAGAAGAGGAUGGUGCAGAGAGUACCGUUGCGAGCUCUCUUCCCCUACACGCGAAAGCCGCUGGCUUUAAUCUUGACGCGAUGGACGAAGAUGGGGCUUCCAAUUCUGGUCUCACGCAAACCUCGUUCGCAUCUUCUAGAGCGGAUUCAGAUAAGCUCAGUGUUCCGCCACUGCCAAAAGAAGCCGAGGAUGGUCCCUUUGAGUGCCCGUUCUGUUAUAUGAUGAUAACGGCCAGCAGCAUAGACUCAUGGAAACGACACGUUCUUGCCGACCUCCGGCCUUAUGUCUGCCUUUGGGAAGACUGCACAGCACCCGGGAUGGAAUUCACGCGACGGUAUGAGUGGAUGUUACAUGAAAUGCAGAACCAUCGGAAAGCAUAUAACUGUCCAUGCUCCUGUGGAAUGACCUUUCGAGUCAGGUCGCAAUGCAAAGAUCAUAUCAACAAAACCCAUCCCAAGACGUUUCCUACAAGUCAACUCGACACCAUGAUAGAUCUGAACGCAAGGCCAAUGAACGAGAAGGAAGGUUCAAUCUGUCCCUUGUGCCAAGAGAAUCUUUCUUCCAUGAAAGAUUACCAACGCCAUGUUGGCAGACAUCAAGAGCAGCUCGCACUAUUCGCCCUCCCAUCACUACCGACUGACGAUGAUGCGCAAAUAGAAGAAAACACUUCUGGACCGCAUACUUAUGCUUCGUUCGAAGAUCUGAAUGUUCCUUAUGGACAAACAAAAGAGGAAAGCCAUCCAGAGCCACUAGUUGCGACCAAACCUAUCAGUGGCCCAAUGAAGGAAUUAGAAGACCUCUAUGAAGAGUACUUGAACAAGUGGGUGCCACUAUGCUCUGACUUUCUCAGGUCACCACCUUCGAAAACCAAGAAAGGAGGAAAGAAGGACAGCCGAAAGCUGUCUGAAGAUAUUCUAAACCAUGUCUUACUCAAGCUAGAUGCUAUUGACACUGCCGGUAUACCUGAGGUUAGAGCGCGAAGGAAAGAAAUAGUCAGGGAGGUUCAAAAAACUUUGACUGAUUUGGGAACUGCAUGGGACUCUUGA